AAAAUAACUACCGAGAAAAAAAAUAUUAUCGAUGUGAUAAAGAUAACGCUCCCAAUAUAAUGUAUAUAAUAUCAACAGUGUUCUGUAAUCAGGCCAGUAUUUAUUGAGCAGAGCAAGAAGCAAGUGUUCUAAAACCUCAGCCAAAGUUAUUUACAAUGGACAAAGGGCCACCACCACCACAUUUCCAACCACCACCACCACAUUUCCAGCCACCACCACCACAGCCACAAGUCAUAAUUACCCAGCCCACAGUUCUUGUCCUUGGACCCCAACCCUCGAGAAUAACUUGUCCCAGCUGCCACGCCCAAGUUACUACCAACGUGGUAUUGGAAAACAGUACGAAAACUCAUUUGUUUGCAGUCCUGCUGUGUCUUAUAUGCUGUCCCUGCGUCUUCAUUCCAUACUGCACGGAUUCCUGCAAGUCCAAGAACCACUACUGCCCAAAUUGUCAAGCCUAUCUCGGCAGUUUCAGUGAUUAAUAAUUUCAUGGAGAAAAACUCACAAUCACAAAAUGUCUUCUAGUCCUUCUAUCUUUAAGUGUACCUACAGUGUAUGACUAAGUGUGAUUCUUGUAUUUUUGGGCAAUUUCUAGACGAAAGACAAUGUUAGUUUUACGUUCAUCAUUCAUUAUUUUGUUUCAUCAACGUUUGUUAUUAUCUUAGGUGGAAGUAUGUAAUUGCCAUGUACUGUAAUCCUUAUUUUUUUGUAGCUUUAUACUAAAGUUUAUUAUUAGUGGAA